AUGUCUCGGGAAGAAUCAGAAAUUGGCGUAGAUGAAGAGUCGGAGAUCGAUGCUUUGCCAAAUGCCAAAAAAUUGAAGGUUUCCCCGGGAGAUAUUGUGAAUGUGGAUACGGAUGUUAACGUUGGCCUUGCCGAAGGUCCGUCGACCAUGUCGAACGCACUCGCGUCUUCUAAUGUUAGUGAUGUACGAGGUGAUACAAACGACAUAAGUAACAGAGAACGGGGGAUGAGUUACCGGUUGCGAAUCGAGAAUAUACCGAAAUAUGUGAAUACCAAGACGAUCAAAGAUUUUCUGGAAAAAAAUAAUUGUGGAAAACUUCAAGUUAAAAAGGCGCCGAAUUGGAGUUACUGCUAUGCCCACCUUAAAUCGAGGGAGCAACAAUUGGAGACGAUUGAGAAAUUAAAAGAUGUGAAGUUCAAGAAUAAACUAAUUGUUGUGAAAGCAGAUAACAUAACGGAACAAGAGCGUCAAAACCUAUUUAAUACUAGAAAGAAGGCAGCUUUUUCAGACACAAAUGAAGGCCAACAACGUUCGCCAGAAGAAAUGCUUGCGGAUCAGACAACGCCUUUGCAUCGCCUUUCUUAUCCCGAACAACUAAAGUCCAAGGAGAAUGUCAUCAAAGAUGCACUUUCACAUUUUCGUAAGAAGAUUGAAGAAUUGUCAAAAGAUGGUCACCAACCAAAUUGGAUAGUCAAAGGAUCACCUCCGGUCCUGGUGGAUAUGUGCUGUGGAACUGGAACCAUUGGAAUUGCUUUGUCCAAAAUAUUGGGAAACAAAGUCGAGGAAAUUAUAGGAAUAGAGAUUUGUAUGGAGGCCGUGGAAGACGCGAAGUUCAAUGCGAUGUCAAAUGAAAUAAAUAACACUCAAUACAUUCUUGGACCGGUCGAAGAGAAUUUACGUUUCUUAAGCAAAUUCAAUAAUGAUGAAGCGGGAACAGUUAUUGCGAUAGUAGAUCCACCUAGGGCCGGUGUUCAUAAGAGUGUCAUCAAAGCUCUCAGGCAGUGUCGAGCUAUUGAUUACCUAUUGUACAUUUCGUGUGAUUGUAAUUUGGCAACACAAAAUUUCAUCGAGUAA